AUGACACAAGCUGCUGUCAAAUGGAGUCUUCAAGAACUUAGCGCGAAGCUUCAUUAUCUAAAGAACAACCAGAUAAAGAAUGAAGAGGAGGAUGAUGCUGCUGAAGAAGUGAAUGAAGAGCAUGAUGAUGAUGCUGCUGAAGAAGUGAGUGAAGACAAGGAUGAUGCUGCUGAAGAGGUGAAUGAAGAGCAUGGUGAUGCUGCUGAAGAAGAAAAUGAAGAGGAGGAGGAUGCUGAAGUGAAUGGAGACCAUGAUGAUGUGCUGAACAUCAAGUCCAGCAACACCACCAGAUCAGUUCCAGAAUACAAGGAGGAUGAAAUACAGCUUACAAAAGAGUAUAUGAUGGCGAUCAAUAAUGCUGCUGAACAUUGGACAAAGAAAGGAGAGCAUCAAAAGAUCCAUGAUGAAUAG